GCGGCGGGUCGUUGAUGUGCACUAAUUGGAAAGCGGAGAUGGCGGCCUCGGAAGAGUUCAGCAGGGAGAUUAAACCAGAGAUCAAGAGUCUCAAGGAGAGUAUAGGAGCCAAGGCCAGAAGCUGGUUUUUGAAGUGUUUCCCAAAAAGAUCAAAGAAUUGACUGCUAAACUUCAGGAGGAUAUGUUUGACAACCAAACUAUGGCCACAGUCUCUGGCUGUUCAAAGUUACCAGUGUUCAGUAAGGACCAGUGGAUAGCACUGACGAUGAACUGGAAACGCCGGCUACAAAGAAAAGAAAACUGGAGGAUAAUGUCAGAGCAUCUGUUCCACGUUUGUCGGCACUCACACGCGUACCCUGCAAUCCGAAACUGGCUACAAUGGUGGCGUACCUCAAGCCUGAGAUAAUAGGAUUGGUAGACAAAUGCAGCAUGAUCAAGACGUGGAUCCAGAUGAUGGUACCAAAGAUUGAAGACGGGAACAACUUUGGAGUGGGGAUACAGGAGGAUGUUCUGGGGGAGGUGGGCAAGUCAGAGGCUGACGCUGGCUCUUAUCUGGAGCAACUGUCACGCUACUACACUUCUCGAGCAAAGAUCCUGUCAAAGUGUGCAAAGUACCCUUUCCUGGACGACUACCAGAGAGCUGUAGACGAGUACGACCAGAAAGUUUUCGUCAGUUUCAAACUCAUUCUGAGGGAACUCCGAAAUAUUUAUAUUGUGGUGUACGACGUCAUCCUAAAGAACUAUGAUAAGAUUGUCCACCCACGCUCGGAAAACUCCGCCUCUCUUUACUAGCACAUCUCUCUUUACGUUUGCUGUGCAAAUCACUCCUAUGUAUUGUACACACUAUUCAACACUCAACCUUU